CGACAUACACGGACGUGACGUCGUUUGUGAUUUUUCUGUCUUGAAGAGAAUACAACAAACGUUGUGUGUACGGCAAUAGUAGAAAAUUCAUUUAUUUUGUUAAAGCAAAAUUCAAGAAUUCACAAAGAAAUUAAAACGAAAUCGAUUAACAAGAAGCCACAAUGAACCCCAAGCUUUUUCCCCAUUUAAACGAUAACAAAAACAUAAAAUUAUGCAAUUUAAGAAUAUAAUAAACGUUUCGUGUUUCGAUGAUAAAAAUUAGCCACUUAAUAAUAAAAAAUACAUAAUUAUCAAUUACGCCAUUACAAAAAAGCAAAACAAAAAUAAAUUAAAAAAAUCAAAAUAGAAAAAAAUUAAAACAAAACAAAAAUUCCAUCAUCACUGUGUCUUUGUUUGGAGUGACUGUUAAAGCAAAUACAAAAAAAAAAAAUAUUUAUAAAAAAAUAACAAAUUCAAUUUAAAACUUCAAUUUUUUAUCUGUUGGAAAAUAUUUCUCCCUGAAUUUCCAACGUCGAAAAAAUUUGUCUUAAAAGUGUAUCGUGUAACAUUUGUGUCGUCGCUUUGUCAAGUCCACCAUCAUCAACUUUAAAACUCACCAAAAAUGGCGGGUCAUCACAAUGCAAAUCUUCUAAGUUCGGAUAUAUCACGCCGCAAUCCCCAGGAUGAAUACGAGCUCAUCCAGAAAAUUGGUUCGGGCACAUAUGGCGAUGUUUAUAAGGCAAAACGCAUACAAAGCAAUGAGCUGGCCGCCAUAAAAGUCAUCAAACUGGAACCCACAGACGACAUACAAAUCAUCCAACAGGAAAUCAUAAUGAUGCGUGAUUGUCGCCAUCCAAAUAUAGCCUACUAUGGCUCAUAUUUACGACGUGACAAACUGUGGAUCUGCAUGGAGUAUUGUGGUGGUGGUAGUCUACAGGACAUCUAUCAGGUGACCGGUCCCCUGAGUGAACAACAAAUUGCCUAUAUGUGCCGAACGCUAAAAGGUUUGGAGUACCUGCUCAUGGGUAAAAUGCAUCGAGACAUUAAAGGUGCCAAUCUGCUGACGGAGUAUGGCGAUGUAAAGCUGGCGGAUUUUGGUGUGUCGGCUCAGAUAAGCACAAUUAAUAAAAGGAAAAGUUUUAUAGGUACACCCUACUGGAUGGCACCGGAAGUGGCUGCCGUGGAGCGCAAGGGCGGCUACAAUCAAUUAUGUGAUAUUUGGGCCUGUGGUAUUACAGCAAUAGAAUUGGCUGAACUACAACCACCCAUGUUCGAUUUACAUCCAAUGCGUGCUUUGUUCCUGAUGUCAAAAAGUGGUUUCAAACCUCCAACUCUCAGCAAUAAAGAGAAAUGGAGUCCUACAUUUCAUAAUUUUGUAAAAACAGCUUUAACCAAGAACCCUAAAAAACGUCCCACAGCCGAAAGACUCCUGCAGCAUCCGUUCGUUCAGGGUGAGAUGUCGGUGCGGGUGGCCAAAGAAUUGCUCAAAAAAUACAUGAAUCCAAAUCAACAAUUCUACUACAAUUGGGAUGGUGAUGAGGAGACUGUUGCCAGUGUACCACAACGUAUUGCCAGCAAAAUGACAUCAAGGCCGAAUGGUAUAUCACCACAAAACCAUACUUUGAAAACAGGCAUGACAACAUCCAGUUCGCCAUGGAGCAAUGAACGUUCAUCUAGUCCUGAAACAUUACCAAGUGACAUUCCCAUAUUAAAACAACAUCAACAAUUACAACAGAAAAAGCGUAUGCAAAAACUUACCGGAACCUUAAUUAUGAACAUGUCCUUAAGGAGUCUCUUACAAUAUAUUGAUGAGGAACUGAAACUAAGAGCCACAUUGCCAUUAACCGAUACCAAAGAUUUACUAAGCACUGAAUGCAAUUGUAGCCAUAACGGCGGUAGUAGUGGUGGCGGUGGUGGUGGAGGAGGUGGCAGUAGCAGUGGUAGUGGUGGUGUUAACAACAGUAACAACCAUAAUAACAUUGCAUCAUCCAACAACUCAUCAACGACAACAAAUGGCACCUCAUCGGCAACAACGGCAUCGUCCAACUCCUCCUCCACACCGGCCGCAGCUUUAAUAAACUCCUACUCCUCAUCCUCCUCGUCAACGACAACGACCACAAAUGGCGGCAGUGGUAAUGGUCCUUCGUCAUUAUCCUAUGGCAGCGGUUAUUCGAAUUUGCGCACCACAGCUCUGGAUGCCAUCGAUCUCACCGAUAAUCAUUCAUCACUGUUUGCCCAUUUCGAUAUGCUGCGACAUGGAUACAUCAACUACAACAAUCACAGCCGGCCCAUUUCCAUUCCAAAUGCAGCAAAUGCAAAUGCAGCGGCAGCGGCAGCAGCAGCAGCAGCCGCAACUGCAUCCUCCAACGGCCAAUUGUCCACAUCGACUUCAAUCAAUACGACCAGUGAUGUUGUCGCCUCAACAUCCUCAGCAUUAUCCACAUCCGCCUCUGCCAAUAAUGCACCAUCGGCGGCAAAAGCAGCGGCAGCCGGAACGGCCACAACGAAUGAUCCGCAAACAAGUAGCAAUAAUUUGAUGAACUAUAACAGCCAUCAUAACUGUGAUUAUCAUCAGCAUCAUCAUCAUCAUCACCACAAUCAGGAAAACAAUCAGAACGGUUUGGAAGAUUCUCCCAGACGACAUAGUUCCAUGGAUCAACUGCUGGGUCUGAUUAAUGAUAUGGGCAAAUCAUCGCGUACCCGUAGCCUCAGUGACGGUGGUACUCAGGAAGAUGAUGAUGAACUGGAAAAAGAAGCCCAGCCCGAUUUGUUAAACAAUACACCUCCUGUGCCUCCCAAACGCUCCCACAGACGACGACACACUCCCCCACGCCCCAUAUCGAAUGGCCUGCCACCAACACCCAAAGUUCACAUGGGUGCCUGUUUCUCCAAAAUAUUCAAUGGUUGUCCUCUACGUGUUCACUGCACUGCCUCGUGGAUCCAUCCGGAGACACGAGACCAACAUCUGCUCAUCGGAGCCGAAGAAGGUAUAUUCAAUUUGAAUAUGAACGAACUUCACGACGCUGCCAUAGAUCAAUUGUUCCCCCGGCGUACGACAUGGUUGUAUGUCAUCAAGGAUGUCCUCAUGAGUCUAUCGGGUAAAUCGUGUCAGCUAUAUCGUCACGAUUUGAUUGCGCUGCACUCGAAGCAAACCCAUCGAUUUUCGAUGCACAUGAACAAAAUUCCCGAACGGCUGGUGCCACGCAAAUUCGCCCUGACCACAAAGGUACCCGACACCAAAGGCUGUACACAGUGUUGUGUCACACGCAAUCCCUACAAUGGCUAUAAAUACUUGUGUGGUGCAACACCCAAUGGUAUAUUCCUGAUGCAGUGGUAUGAUCCGUUGAACAAAUUCAUGCUGUUGAAACAAUGCGAGUGGCCGGCCACAAGCAUACUCGGCGGUGGUCAUGGUUGUGUGCAGAACGGCCGCACUCCGGUCUUUGAGAUGAUUAUAACACCCGAACUGGAAUAUCCCAUUGUGUGUACGGGAGUACGGAAGGCCGUCAAUGGAUGCCUGAAGCUGGAACUCAUCAACAUGAACAGUGGUGCAAGUUGGUUCCAUGCGGAUGAUUUGGAAUAUGAUGCUAUGGCCACAAUGGUACCCCGACGAGAUCUACUCAAAGUGGUAAAGGUCCAUCAGGUGGAGAAGGAUGCAAUAAUUGUGUGUUAUGGAAAUGUGAUACAGGUGGUUACUCUGCAAGGUAAUCCCAAACAGCAUAAGAAAAUGGUCUCCCAGUUGAAUUUCGAUUUCAACGUGGAUAGUAUAGUUUGUUUACCCGAUAGUGUUUUAGCAUUCCACAAGCACGGCAUGCAGGGCAAGUCGCUGCGAAACGGUGAAAUAACCCAAGAAAUUAAAGAUAUGAGCCGUACAUAUCGAUUAUUGGGAAGUGAUAAGUAA